CUUCUUCUUUGCUUCACUUGAUUGCUUGCCUUCCUUUAGAGCAGCUACUGUGAAUGUUCAUCUUCUCAAGAAAUGGUCGUGUGUUUUCUUUCUCUGAGGUUGUUUGUUCUAUUGCUUCCCUUGUGAUUGUGGAGGUUUCUUUUCACUAAAACACUACUGGAGCAUGGCGCACUAGAUAUAGAUUAUGCUCAGAAGCUUCUACCUGCACAACUAAAUGAGUAGGAAACUGAGUGUAGUCGCCGGAGGCGGGGCCUGACGGGAAGGGGGCGUCCUGGGAAGUCCUCUGGAGGGGCAGCGUGCGGCUGGUGGUGAGCUUGCUGGCAGGUGCGCCAGGGCAGAGGCUGUGUGGUAGUGGUGCUGCUGAGUGCAGUGGAGGCAUGGUGCUGCGUACAGUGGCGUGGGCUGCUCCUGCGCGGCCGCGGAGGUGCGCGGGCGUGGCGGCGCGUGGAGCUGUGGUUUAGUGGGCGGCGGCCGAGCUUCAUCUUCGUCCUGGUGCUGCGGUGCUGCUGGAGCUGGAGUUGCCGCUGAUUCUGCUGAUUGGAGAAAGUGGAGGUGUUGUGCUGCUGCUGGUGGUUGGAGUUGGUGCUACUGGGAAGCUUCGUGAUACUAGCGUGCCUAGAAAAGGUUCUCAUAGCUAAACUGAGUAGCUGAAGUGAGUGAUCCUGGUGGUGAUGUGGCUGCUGAUUGCAGAGAGAGCUGCUGCUGCUGCUUCUGGUAAUGCAGCUACCUGCCACUGAUUCAGAAUAAAUUGAGCGCUUCUGUGUUCCAUCGAGCAAACAGAUACAGAUUAAAUCGAGCAGUGUUUCUAUUCCCAAAAAAUAAAACAAAUUGAAAAUAGCUUCAGAAAGCAUGAAGCUAGUAGCUUUGGGAUUAGUUUUAUUGGGGUGCCUCCAAUCUUUGGCAGCUCCUGACUUCCAAGUCAUAGCACUGUAUGAAAUGAGGAUGAUGCUCACUGACAGCCGCGGUGUCUUGAAAGACUGGAACAAUAACCAAGUGAGCCCCUGCUAUUUUGAUAAUGUUAGAUGCGAUCAAGAUGGCAGCGUUAUUGGAAUUUUCUCAUUUCCAAUAUGCAGAACUUUGAGCUCCUCAGGGUUAAGUGGAAUUUUAUCACCCAGCAUUGCAACGUUAACAACUUUACAGCAGCUGUUAUUGGAUGGUAACAGCAUAACUGGAGGAAUUCCACAGGAGUUAGGGAACCUAUCAAACUUAAUGACUCUAAAACUUGGAAGAAAUAGCUUAAAUGGCUCAAUACCUCAAUCUUUUGGCCUUCUAUCAGAACUCCAAAAUCUGGAUCUAAGCGAAAAUCUGUUGAUUGGUAACAUUCCAAACUCUUUGUCAAAUCUUUCAUCGUUGAACAAUAUUAAUCUCGCAUAUAACAGUCUUAGCGGUGAAAUACCAGAACAGCUACUUCAGGUGUCCCAAUAUAACUAUACAGGCAACCAUUUGAAUUGUGGCCAGCACAUAAUUUCAUGCAAUGGAAGCACUAAUAAGACAGGUGGAUCAAGCAACUCCACUGUCAAGGUGAUUCUUGGAAGCAUUGGCGGUGCAGUCGUUCUCAUUGUUUCUGUAGUUCUAUUUCUGCUAUGGUGGCAAAGAAUGCGCCACCGUCCUGAUAUAUACAUUGAUGUUCCAGGUCAGCAUGAUCACAACCUAGAGUUUGGGCAGAUAAAGCGUUUUUCAUGGCGAGAACUCCAGACUGCGACCAAUAAUUUCAGUGAGCAAAAUGUACUCGGCAAGGGCGGUUUCGGUAAGGUGUACAAAGGAGUGCUUCCUGGUCCAGACAGCAAGAAGGUUGCGAUCAAACGGCUAUUUGAAGUAGGAAGUCCCGAAGGCGAAAUGGCUUUCCUCAGAGAAGUGGAAUUGAUAAGCAUUGCUGUGCAUAAGAACAUAUUAAGAUUAAUAGGAUUCUGCACGACACCAACAGAGCGGCUCUUGAUAUACCCCUUCAUGGAAAAUCUGAGUGUCGCUUCCCGUUUAAGAGAUAUAGAACUUAAUGAACCAAUAUUAGAUUGGACGACAAGAAUGACGAUCGCACUUGGAGCUGCCCGUGGUUUGGAAUACCUUCAUGAGCACUGCAACCCCAAGAUCAUCCACCGCGAUGUCAAGGCUGCCAACGUCCUACUCGAUGGGAACUUUGAAGCAGUCAUAGGAGACUUUGGGCUGGCAAAGAUGAUGGACAUGGGGAGGAACACUGUGACGACAGGGAUCCGUGGGACAAUGGGCCACAUAGCUCCCGAGUACUUUAAGACCGGGAGGCCAUCAGUGAAGACGGACAUAUUUGGAUAUGGUGUUAUGUUAUUAGAGAUUGUGACAGGCGAGCGUGCAAUUUUCCCCGAUUUCCUCGAAGGAGCUGGCGAGGUCAUGCUCAUCGAUCAAGUGAAACUGUUGAUGCAAGAAGGGCGAUUGGAAGAAAUCGUAGACCGCAAUAUAGGCUGUGGAUAUGACUUUCAAGAACUAGUAAAAAUUAUCCAAGUAGCACUCCUCUGCACCAAUAUUGACCCUUGUCAACGCCCUGCUAUGUCGGAAGUUGUGCAUAUGCUGGAAGAAAAAAUUGUGCCAGAAGAUCAGUGGGAGGAGUGGCAGCAAGCUGAGCUUACCCGUCGACAGCAGUACGAAAAUAAGCAGCACCACAAAUUAUUCACCUUCAGUGAGGAGUCACUGAACAUCUAUGAAGCCGUUGAGCUAUCUGGUGGCAGAUGAGCUGCAAGAUCAUCAAAACUCAUCAUGAUGUUCACUUGUUUCUUCAUUAGAAAGAGUGAAAGGAAAUAUAAAACUCAACAGUGCCUUUUAUAGAUGCUAUCUAUCUGGAGUACAGAAUCAAAACAAAGUUUUGCGAGACUAUAGAAUCAUUAGCAGAAUUAUGUAUAAGUAACUGUACCUAGAAGUGGUGCUGUGACACAAUGUUAUACUUAUAAAUCUAGCUCAGACACUAUUAACAUAUGUAUGCGUGUAUAUAAUCUAUAAACAGACUUAUUUGAUUUUA